CUUUCGUUGCCACAGUGCAUCACAUCUAUACCAAUCUUUGCAUCCUUCUCUAUGACUUCUAGCGCUUAUCAGACCGAUUUCUACUCACAAUGCUUCCACCAUCUGAAUCCAUCGUCCAUCAAUUCCACAAAUUAGCCGAAUCACAAGAAGAUUCCGACCAAACGAACACCAUUACACCGCCACCUCCAUACUCUCCUUCCGCUCACAAUCCCCAAAAAGAACUUGGAGCCGAAAAUGCCUCCUCUCAUGGACAGCCCAGCCUCAUAACCAUCCACAUCGACGCAUCAAUGAGCAUUCAGGGCAACGCAAAUAGCAUUAUUCUCCCAUCAGCUCCAGCUCCAGCUCCAGCUCCAGCUCCAGCUCCAGCAUCAGCCCUCAAUACCAAGGCAUCACCCGCUCCCAUUCUAUCCUCAACAUCCACCUCUGCCGUUCCACAAUCAACCCCAUACCAGCGCCAUUCCAAAUUGACAGACAUGGCCACAUCUAUCAUUACUGCUUUGCAUCGCACAGGUCAUCUCAAUUCUGAUUCCAAUCCUACGGACAACUCUAGUGCAGCAACAGAUACAAUUACAUCGCCACCGCCAUCUGUUACGCUGAAUAUCAACACCGGGAUCAAAAUCCUGGGAAGUGGGAAUGUAAUCUGUGUGGGAAUGGGUGGACAAAGAGGAAUGGGGAUGAAUGUGCUGAGGAGGAAGAGGAGGGCUUCUUCUGAACCCCCGGAGGUAGCUACUACUGCUGCUAAGAGAGCGCGGUAGUGUGCUUACCUCUUUCUCUUCUCUGGCGCGUGGUAUGGAACUAAUUGGGUAGUAGUAGAUGGAAGGCGGAGUGACCUUUUCGCUCUGUGCGUGUGUGUACUCUUUCAUCUUCUCUUUACCUCUUGUCUUAUUGUGUGUCUUGUUUGUGGUUUUAUCUGAUUUUGUUUACUCCUUGUUCUUUUCUCUUUUUGAUGGGCUUAAUAAUGCUAGGUGGGGAUAGGACAUGAAAACUAUACGACUGGUGGGGAAGUAAUGGAAUGGAUUGAUGAUUUAUAAUAGCUAGUAUAGAGAGCAAUUUCUUUGCAGAUUAUAGUUAUUAGUUCUAGUUUAGUUUAGAUUACCUGUG